GCUCGUUGAACACUUAAGUUCAGCACAAAAAACAAUCAGUUUGGAACAGUUGCUUAUGUUUCAUGCACUUCGAACAUACAACUGGAUCAAAACAGCCUCAAAGGUGCUGCUCUGAGGCCCGUGAGGAGAAUGAUUUGAACAGCUAUACACUGCACACCCUAAACAACUGCACAUAGCACCAGCUGGAGGAGAGUUGGCAAUUCCAGGUGCACCAUAUGAGGACAUCGACAUGGAGAUGCACAAGUUCGCCCGAUGAAGCUGUUGUAUAGUGUCAAGAAGGUUCUUCAACGACCUCAAGUGGUCAAGACCGACCAGAGGCCAAGCGACUUCUCCGAGCCGGCAUGCCUGCAAAGGUUGUAGAGCUGGCAUCCGAGGCCGUGGCUUCAUGCAGCAUAUGUCGGAAGUACUCUCGACUUCCUGUGAGACUGAGGUCAAAGGUGAGUCUUGCUGUUCAUAUUGAAGAUGAGGUAGAGCUGGACGUUUUCUAUCUCUGGAGCAAGACUUUUGUGCUGAUGGUCGAUGUGGCAACACACUACAAGGUGGCCUAUGAGACAACGUCUAGAGAGGCCUCCGACAUCAUACAGGGCAUGUUUACGAAUUGGAUCAGGUUCGUUGGACCGAUGCGUGCGCUCACUAGUGACCAGGAGACCUCCAUCAUGAAGCCACACACAAACACAGAAAUUGAACAUCUGGACGUCUGGGCAUCACUCGGAAUCCAAAAGACACCACAAGUGAAACAGCAGGUUCUCAGCAUACAGGCAUUGGCAUCAUCGAGAGACAUGUCAGCCUCACCAAGCUCACCAUGCAAAAGAUCAAGGCUGAGAUCGAACGACAAGGACUCUCCUGUGAAGAUCAACAAGUUGCAAUGGAAACACUAGAACACAACCAGUGUAUAUCGUCCUAUUUUGG